CGGGUUAGGAUAAUUAGGUUACGGUUAGGAAAGGUUAGCAAAAAUGCUCAAAUUCUCCCCCAACAUGCAACUUUGGACGUCCCUUUGGCUGCGUUAACACAGACAGAUGAAUUUGGAUCUUCUUUAUUUUACCACUAAUUGGUCUUUUGAUCAAUUAGAUCAGCUCUAAUGCCAAUAAUUGGGCAAAAGAUCAGAAUUAGGCUGGCUGUGUAAAUGCGGCCUUUGACAUAAACUGUAUCCCAUCUAAGCCAAUCGCAUCAAAAAAAAAUUGAGAACUGAUCUGAAUGGCUAAAAUAGGGGAAAAAAGAUCAGAAUUGCAGCCUAUGUUGGCCAGCUGGCCAUGUUGGUUAGAUAAUUGAUUACUGGUAGUUGCUUGUUUGUACCUCGUGCUCUGACGCAAACUCAACUCCCAAAAUAUUGCUAUCCGUGGUUAGCAGCUAGCAAAAAGGCGGAGAAAGUGUGCGAGCCAAAGUGUUUUUGUUUACAAAUUCGCCAUGGCCCAAAGUAUUGAAGACAGGCGCAGGUCGGGUCAGACUGGGAAAAGUCUAUGCCAAUGCCAGAGUCCCCAUGACAACGAUAAUGUGGUCAUGCACGACCCUGAAUGCAUCGCCAUACUGGAACUAGAUUCUUCAGAAUCGUCUGAGGAAUCUUCAGAAGAAGACAUUGUGAAGUGUUCUACAGAGCCAGAGGUUGUAGGCCCAGCCAUGGAGCUGGAAAGGAGGGUUGAGGAGAUGAGGAGGCGAAAUGAGGCUUUGUUGAAAAGGUUCAAAGAAGUUGAGGAGGACAGGAGAAGGGCUGAGCGUAGGGGGGCAGCCCUGCUUCCCAAAAGCACCAAACUGGUCAAAACCAGUUAUUCAGCUCAUACCACUGAUGUGUCGGACCAGUGGGAGAGCCUCACCAUCACCGUAAUGAACCAGAUGCCAACCCAGAAGGACACCCGUUUGGUGGCAAGGCGGUCUAAUGGAGGCAGAAGGCAGCCCAAAUCACGGAGGUUGGAGGACCGCCUGGAAAAGAGAUGUGGGGAGGAGAAAAACAUUUUGGAGGAAAGGCAACUGAUAAUCUGCACUAUAGACAACGGUGAGGAUGCAGGAGACUACUGUACUGACCACAGUGGCAGCACAUCGGACGUAGAGAGGCGAGAGUACCUACGCUGGAAGAGACGCAACCGCUCGAUUGUGGAACUGCUCGACCAACACCAGGACAAUCUGGCAGUACACCUCCAGAGCAGCAGGGAGCAGAUGGAACUGCUCGACCAGGACGACCUGGCAGUACACCUCCAGAGCAGCAGGGAGCAGAUGGAACUGCUCGACCAGGACGACCUGGCAGUACACCUCCAGAGCAGCAGGGAGCAGCGUAAGAAGGCCCGUUAGCUGGACAAUGACACAAUUCUCAUUUUCUUGUUCAGUCAACCACUGUUUGUAUUUGUGCAUGUUUACUGGUGUAUUGCACUUUUUUUCUUGAUAUUUUCACUGUGAAUGUUACAUUUUUCUGUACUUUAUAAAUGAGCAACCACAAGCUUUGUUCUUCUCUUUCCUCACACUUUCACACUUUCUCUGAUGGAGAAAGUAGAGGGAGAAUGAAGUUAACACUCAAUGUACUUGACUUCUCUAAAUUCUUAUUCUAGCAUGAUGCCCAGAGGAGAGAUGUACCACCAUGGUCCUUGAUUAAAAGUUGUCUUUACUCUGGGUUUUAUAUCCAAACCGUAACUUCGUUUGUACACUGAUAUGGUUAUGUUUAUGUGUAAUGAACUGUUCCCUGAAUUCCCCUGUUCUAAAUGUUAUUUUUGUCUGCGUAGCUGAUGUGCAAUUUGAUACAGGGAGGAGUCUUCCUGAAUGUGUUCCAAUAUAAAUGUUUUUUUGUUCUGUUUGCUUCCA